AUGUCGCCUCUCCUGCACAUCACCCUCUUCCUCCUUCACUUCUGCUUCCCUGGAGGGCACAGCCACUUCCCCCAAAGUCUGCUGAUGCUAAAGACUGAGUUUGCACUUCGCCUCUACCGGAGCGCAGCAGCAGGUAGAAACGGCACAAACUUUGUCAUCUCUCCCACCGGCGUGUCCCUCCCGCUGGAGAUCCUGCAGUUUGGAGCCCAGGGGAACACUGGCCAACAGCUGGCAGGCGCUCUGGGGUACACCGUGCACGACCCUAAGGUGAGAGAUUUCUUGCACGCUGUUUAUGCCACACUGCGCAACUCCAGUCACGUCACCGAGAUGGAGCUGGCCUGCACCCUUUUUGUGCAAGCUGGAAUGCCACUGUCCUCCUGCUUUGUGGAGCAGGUCUCCUGGUGGGCCAACAGCAGCCUGCAGUCGGCUGACUUCAGAGAGCCCAACAGCACUACCAUCUGGGCCAAGGAAGGGGCAUCCAGACCAGUCACAGGUAAGAGCCCAGGUGGCCUGCCGUGGGAGCAGAUCAACGCAGCAUCUGCUCAGCUCGCACUGGUGAGCACCAUGACCUUCCAAAGCACGUGGAGGAGGAGAUUCUCCUCCACCAAUUCACAGCCCCUGCCUUUCACCUGUGCUCGUGGCCACAUCUUCCAGGUCCCCAUGAUGCACCAAAUGGCUGAGGUCAACUAUGGCCAGUUCCAGGACACUGCAGGCCAUCAGGUGGGGGUCCUGGAGCUACCUUACCUGGGAAGCACAGCAAGUCUAUUCCUCGUGCUGCCCCGCGACAGAGGUGCCCCCUUGGGCUACAUUGAACCACACCUCACAGCCAGAGUCAUCCACCUCUGGACCACCAGGCUGAAAAGAACUAGGAUGGACGUGUUCCUCCCCAGAUUUAGGAUCCAAAAUCAAUUCGACUUAAAGAGCAUUUUAAGUGCCUGGGGAGUCACCGAUCUUUUUGAUCCACUCAAAGCUAACUUAAAAGGAAUUUCAGGCCAGGAUGGCAUUUAUGUUUCUGAAGCAAUACACAAAGCCAAGCUGGAGGUUUCAGAGGAAGGCACCAAGGCAUCAGCAGGCACAGCUCUGUUGUUACUUAAAAGGUCUCGGAUUCCUGUUUUUAAGGCAGAUCGGCCAUUCAUCUUUUUCCUGAGAGAACCCAGCACAGGAUUUGUCUUCAGUAUUGGGAGAGUUUCAAAUCCCCUUGACUGAAUUAAGCAGAUCUCAAGGAUGUUCUACAUUUUCAUGUGUUUUUCUUCAUAAAAAUUUUAGUUACAAUUUCAUUUUGCUAUACCUUUGACAUUUAAAAAUGUUCUGAUAAAAGUGUAUAAAGAUAAGGGUAUGUGAUUUUCAAAUGUUAUGAACCUAAAAAUACUUCAAUUUUAUUAUAAUUUUAUAGACAUAUUUGCCCUCUCAAUUCAAAUCUAAAAAUUUAACCUUUUCUACUAGUUACCCUCAAAACUACUAAAAGGCACAGCAGUGAUCUAUGAAUGGUGAAAUUAUCAAGUCACAGGAUGGCAUCCUCAAUAAGGAUAAAGAAGGUCACAUUGGAUUGAGGGUGAAGAAUGGAUGGUUUCGGUUUUUCUCAGCCUGUAUAACUCAGAGGGAAUGCAAAAUGAACAAAAUCAUCUUAAAUCUGUUUCCUUUCCUAUUUAGCUUCUAAAUAAAAUUGAGAGUUUAAGUCUGAGAAUUGCAGAGCAGAAUGAAGAGAUCACCGCUAAACCUCUAAUAUGUCAUGCAUGGACUUUUAUAAGCUUGGCAUGGCAUCAAACUUGCUAAAGGCAAGCUAUUACAGAGUAUGUAGCAUUCCCCAAACUUAUCACUCCCUAACUAACAACUUCAAGUUAGUACCAUCCAGAAUCCUAUGAGAAAGGAAAAAGGGUUGAAGGGAGAUAAGGAAAUCAGUAACUUCCAAAGCUGUCUGCUUUUUAAAACAGCUUUUAGAGUCUAUCUGCUGCCACAGACAUAGCCAUUUCCAUGAUCCAAGCAGAAAUGGGAAUAUACUGAUGUGGCCAACAAAAGCUAUGAACAAAUAGUAAAGAAACAAUGCAGAUCAUGUAACAUGUAAUUACAGUUAGAUUUAACAAAUAUGAACUUCAAGUGGUGUGUUUUCCAAUGCUAAAAAGCAAGGCCUUUAAAAUUCCAUUAUCUAAGGAUGUUUGUAAAUGAUUAUUUUGAAUGUGAUUAUUUCCUAAACCACACAAGAGUAAA